AAACCCCCAAACACCUAGUCUUCUCUGUAGGAAAACUCCAGAAUCAAUGGCGUCUCUGCGAUUACCUGCAAGUUGCAUACUGAACCGCAAACUCUCCGCAGCGAAAUCUUCGAUCAGGUGUAAUGCAGAGCAAUUCAAUGGAUGGGCAGGCGCGCCUAGCCUGGCUGACAGUGUUCGUAUUCAGAAGCUUCUGACCUCCCUGACUUCCGAUCAGCUCCAGAGACUUAUUGUUCAGCAGAAACAGAAAGACAGGCUCCGGAUUUUUUCUGGGACGGCUAAUCGUGCACUUGCUCAGGGAAUUGCGACUUACAUGGGUUUACAACUUGGAAGAGUCCUGAUAAAACGUUUUGCUGAUGGUGAAAUUUAUGUUCAGUUCCAAGAAAGCAUCAGAGGUUGUGAUGUAUGUCUUGUUCAACCUUCUUGCCCUCCUGCAAAUGAAAAUCUUAUGGAGCUUCUGAUAAUGAUUGAUGCUAGUCGAAGGGCCUCUGCAAAAAGUAUUACUGCAGUAAUUCCUUACUUUGGCUAUGGCCGAGCUGAUAAGACUGAAGGUCAUGAUUCCAUUGCAGCCAAACUCGUAGCAAAUCUGAUUACUGAAGCUGGUGCGGAUAGAGUUCUUGCUUGUGAUAUUCAUUCUGGACAGUGCAUUGGCUAUUUUGACAUUCCAGUGGACAAUGUAUAUGGUCAGGCUGUCAUGGUUGAUUAUCUUGUUAGCAAGUCUAUCCAUUCUGAUGAUUUAGUUGUGGUCUCACCGGAUAUUGGUGGGAUUGCAAGAGCAAGAGCUUUUGCCAAAAGAUUGUCAGGUGCAUCUCUAGCAAUUGUGGAUAAGAGGAGCAAUGGACACAAUGUUGCUGAGGUAUUGAAUUUGAUUGGUGACGUAAAGGGGAAAGUAGCAGUUAUAGUUGAUGAUAUGAUUGAUACUGCCACUGCAAUGUGUGAUGGAGCCACUCUGCUACAUCAAGAGGGGGCCCGAGAGGUUUAUGCAUGCACUACUCAUGCUAUUCUCAGUGCUCCUGCAAAAGAGAGGUUGUCAAAUGGACUCUUUAAAGAGGUCAUCAUCACAGACACCGUUCCUAUUUCAGAAGAGAAUUUUUUCCCCCAGCUUACAAUAUUAUCUGUGGCAAAUAUCCUGGGUGAAACCAUAUGGCGUGUCCACAGCGACGAUAAAUCUGGUGGCUCUGGGCCUUCCUCAACCUUGGGUAUUGACUGAUUUGGUCCUCAACUCUUCGUUCCUGCUUAAUUGCUAUAGUACGAAGCCGAAUAUCAACAUUUUACCAGA